AGUGGAACAGGAUAUGACGCCAUCUUCUCCGUGUACACCAGCUGAUCGGAGACAGAAACAAUAACGACCACAGCCGUCAUUAUUGGCGAUUUCUAACACAGAGAAUGUGAAGGACCGUGUUAGUAAGCAGGCUCAUACGGGGCUGACUGUCAGUGGAAGCUGCUGCAGUGGCGACGAAGAGCUAAAGACGCUUAGUUUGUUACAUCAGAGGCCUACCUGCGAUGCUAAGCUAAGUACCGAGCUGUCACCGUUAGCACGGUAAACAGUUGGAGAAACAAGUGAGGGGAGAUCUUCCCAGCUGUAAUUAGAGACGUUUGUCUGGCAGUGUGUGCUGUAGAUGUGUGGGACGUCUGUGUAAGCCUGUCUGCUGAUCACAGCCUCUCACAGACCUUCUCUUUGCGCUUUCGCUCAGCCGUAAGAUGUGGUUGAAACUGUUCUUCUUGCUCUUAUAUUUCAUAGUGUUGUUUACGUUGGCGAGGAUUUUUGAGGCAGUAGUUUGGUAUGAGACUGGUAUGUUCGCCACGCAGCUUGUCGAUCCCGUUACUCUCAGUUACAAGAAGUUAAAGACCAUCCUGGAAUGCCGAGGGCUGGGAUACUCCGGGCUGGUCGAGAAGAAGGAUGUGAGCGAGCUGGUAGAGAAAUCAGGAGAGCUGACACAGGGGGAGCUGUACUCUGCCAUAAAGAAGCAGGAGCAGACAGAGGCCGACGGCUCCAGCACCACACACUUCAGUGGAGAGAUGCACUUCUAUGAAUUAGUAGAGGACACUAAAGAUGGGAUCUGGUUAGUUCAGGUCAUUGCUCAGGACCGGGAAGCUCUGCUCAGUCAGUCCAACUGGGGGAAGAUGGUACAGAAGGUGUCCCAGUUUGGUAUCAGAACUGGAACCUUCAACUGCUCCAAUGACUACAGGUCAUGCAUCAAGCGUGGCUGGCAGCGCUCCACCCUGAUCAUGUCGGUUCCCCAGACUUCAGCAUCAAAGGGCAAAGUCAUGCUUAAAGAGUACAAGGGGAUUCGGAUUGAAACUGAGCAGAUCUUCCGCUGGAUGACCUCACAUGUGGCUCAUCGAAUCAAAACCCUGCAUCAUUCUGAGCAGCUGGUGGAGGAGUGGCGUUCUGACCCAGCUCAUCCACUGAAAAUGUUUCUGUUUGCCCGCCUGUCCCAGCCGCCAGCCUUUUUCUCCUCGCUGUCUGUUAAGUUCACUGGCAGGAUUGAGUUCAUCUUUGUGGACGUGCGUCGUUGGGGUAACUAUAGCAGCCUAUCAGAGAUUGGUGUAACACGCAGCCCCGCCUACAUCCUUAAGAUGCCUGAGGGCAUAUAUCACUACGGCAACAGCACCGGGGAGUUCCUGUCCCUCGCUGCCAUGGAUACUUUCCUGCGGUCGGUCCAACCAGAGGUCAACGAUCUGUUUGUCUUCAGUUUGGUCCUCAUCAACUUGCUGGCCUGGAUGGACCUCUUCAUUACACAGGGAGCAACAGUGAAACGAUUUGUAGUUCUGAUCCGAACACUUGGGACCUACAACUCCAUACUGCUGGUUUCCUGGCUGCCAGUUCUGGCUCUCCUUCAGCUGCCCUAUCUGGACAUUCUGCAUGGCUACAGUCUGAAGCUGCUGCGUUAUGCUGACACCACUACACUAGCCAGCCUAGUGAGAGCUGACUGGACCUUCUACUCAUCCCACCCAGCUCUCUUCCUGUCUACCUAUCUAGCCCACGGCCUGCUAGUCGACUACUUUGAGAAGAAACGGCGCUGUGGUACCAGGAGCCAAGAAGACAGCCGUACAAACCUGGAGUGGCUGGCCAGUCUGUGGGACUGGUACACUUCCUACCUGCUCCAUCCAAUUGCAUCACUACAGCAGUUUCCGUCUGACCACUCAGAGUGGGAAGAUGAUCCUAACUUCUUAUUUGAGCAUUUGGCUUUUCCUGAUCUGUGGCUUCGUCCAUUAGUAAACAUGGAUUACAUCAAAACACUGCCAACCUGGAGGCUCAGAGCAGUUGGUCAGUCCAGGUUGGAGGCCUCUUCUGAAAAGGCGGAUGAAGAAACACGUAGUCAACAUUCAGACAAAGAGAGGAAGGAACCUCCACAUGGUAGCAGCAGCCACAAGAGAUCACUGUGUAGUGUGAACUUCAACUCACAGCUUCCUGCGUGCAGCGACGUGGAUGCCAGCGGCGGCUGUCAGUGUGCGUGUGCUGUUGUAUCAUCCCGGAAUGGAAGCUCGCUGUCAGCUGACAGGGCGGUGAAGGAUAACUGCGUCGUAUCUGACUGUGUUUCUAACCAUCAACACUGUGAUUGGUCAAUGUGGCCCUGUGACAUGCUUCAGUGUUCAGAAUGUGUGGUUUGUCUGGAGACCUUUGUGAGCGAGGAGGUACUGAUGGGUCUCCCCUGUGGCCACGCCUUCCACCAGCAGUGCAUUGUGGUAUGGUUGGCAGCGGGCAGACACUGCUGUCCAGUAUGUCGCUGGCCCAGCUACAAAAAGAAACAGCAGAGGGCUGCUCAGAGUAGUUCUACUGACAACACAGUGCAGGACUGAUGAGUCGAUGGUGACAGUUUCUCCUCUUCGUGUGUCUCUUCAGACUCUCUUACCAUCAAGAAUAAUUAAGAAGGAAACGUGGUCAGUAAGCGUGAUUAGGGCGGCGUUAUUAUGAGCCAUUAGUAAUCUUUGCUUCCAUUCCUGUUGAUGAGCUGCCGUGAUGACAGCUAUCAAAGCCCAGUUAAUGCUUCUUAUCUAGACAGGACGUCGACUCUCACAGUAACCAUAUGUGUAGCCACAAUAAACAAUGUAGUGCAGUGAAAACAUUUUUAAUUUUGCCUUUGUCAUUCUUAAAGUUUGGAUGUUGUCAGUCUGAGAGAAAAUGUAAUCGCCCCAUAACGCUACCAGUUGGAUUUCUUUCAGGACGAUAAGCUGAAUGCAUCAGAAGACAUUUGUACAAAAAUCUAUGUAGACUCUGUGCUUCAUCCUGUGUCAUGACCAUCUGCACCUGCAGCAAAGAAGGCUUUUGCUUUUUGUUUGCAUUUUGUUCUGAACUGUAUGAAAUGAAAUGGCUUUGUCUCAAUGCACAUUGGUCACCAUAGGAGAGCAGUAUAAUUCAAAUAAAUUAAUUGGAUAUAAUUGCUGAGAAGCACUUUCCUAUAACUCUGACAGUUUUUCCCAAGAAACAUCUGGAAUUAUUCAGAAUAAACUUUGUUUCCUGUCUGUAGCAAUAUUUCACCUGAGAAGUCAUCAACUCAGAUUAUGGUCACAGGUCUCACACAGUGAAACUGUGAUCUGCAUGCAGGGCGACAGGACUGACUCUGACUGGACUGUGUUGGUGGAGCACUUUGAAAACCUCACUGGUCACCAGAAAAUGAGGCGUUGGUGUUUGUAAGCUGAUUCAGAGUAACAGUAAAGUGUGACCAGUUAUAGACUUCGUCACUAUUGUUUAACUUGAUUUUCUUUGUGAUGCUGAAUUCUUUGUGGUCUCUAAAGACUAAAUCAAAGCAAAUGUCACAAAAUUGGGGUUCAUAUGUGCGAGAGCUGAAAUAAGGGUCACCGCAUGCUUCAGAGACGAAUCAUCUUUGGAGUAAACUGUGUGGGUGAUCAGCACCAUCUUACAUCCACUCGAAGAACACUCAAGCAACACCACUAACCUGGUGGCUGCGACUAUGAUCAGAGUAAGCAGUACCAGCUGUGCACAGUCGCACCCAGGACAGAUUCAGCUUUUACCAGAUAAGAGCAAGACGAGACCCCAUUGUUAUGGGACCACAACAGCUGCAUUAUCUGUGAGUUUUUAGACUGCCCGUCUUCAAAACUAUUCUGUUUUGUAUGAUAUAAAUAUGUUACCACAAAUGUGCCCUGAUCAACUGAACCCAAACCAUCUGCCUAAUAUUUUUUUCCUAUUUUGCUCCAAAACAUUCUGACGUUCCCACUUGCUGCGGUGCAUCCUGUCAAUGCUCCGUGGGGUUGGGAUGUGUGAACAUGCUCAGUGCUUCGACCUGAGCAGUUUUUCCCAUCAAACAACAUUUAUUGUCCUGCUAGUUUAAGCUGCUGCACCACGGUGGGCGCUAUAGGUCUGCAACAGUCUGUGGGUGGAUGGUACGUGCAUCCUCAUGGAUGGAUGCAAGGUUUCCCUGGCAAAUAUUGCAUUGUAAUUAAAAGUUUAACAUUA